AUGCCCUCUGAAUGUAACUUCUAUGGGUUAAAUCGAUUUAUUAUUUUGAAUUCUGACAAUAUCUACGAAUUGGAAGAAUUGUUGCAAAUAAAUUUGGUGUUUGAAGAAAACAACGCAAUAAAAAGAAAUGGGAGCUAUAGUUGUUAUAUAAAAAAUGAUCAAUUCGAAUUGCAUUUUUAUGGUAACAUACAUGAUCAGAGGAUGAUUGUGUCCAGUUGUAACAGUGAUCUUAGUUUAAAUCAACAAUUGUGGAAUCAAUUUUCUCAAUGGUUGAAAGACGAAACAGGUGUAAUAUUAUGGCCAGUAACAUUUGAUAAUAGUGACAUGUUUCAUAUAUUGGAUAAUCUGAUACCAGGUAAAAGUGCUUCGCAAUUUUAUUCAGUAAAAAUAAUGUUUGAAUCUCAAAAGAAGGAUUCAUUAUUAGAUAGAUAUUCAAUUGAGAUUUCAAGCAGCAGUUGUUUGAAUUUGUGGAAUAAAUUCCAAGAAAAUCAGAACCAUAACAGAUUUAACGAUGAUUAUAUAAACAAAUGCAGAUUAUUUUGCAAGUUGAUUGUGGAAUAUAUCGAAAAUAUCAGUGGUUUCUACAUUAUGAAAUUACCCAUAAAACAAAUUUUAUUAAGAAAUUUUAUGACAAUAACAAAUCGUAUUAUUAUAUUAGUUAAUGAAGAUGAUAGUUUGGAUAUUAUGAAUGAGAUAUUGCCAUUCAUCUAUUUACACAAAGUUUUAAGUUAA